UCAGCGAGCACUUCAGUAGCUGCCGCGACACGAUCGAGUGAGCAGCUCGCCUUGCCUCUCUCCGCGACCACCAGUGAUUUUUGACAGCUCCUGAGAGCGAGUGACAGAAUUUGCUCAUCUUGCGAAUUAAAAGUGAUUAUUUCUAAUAGAUGACUCGAAUAACGGUUCUGUUUUAUCUACUAACCGCUGUCUGCGAUCUUCUGAAUUCGAAAGAUAUUUCUCGAAAAAAGCUCUUCGUAAACCUGAUCCAAGAAAUCCGGACUUGUGAUUGAGUGUGACCAAGUUCAUUGAGUCCGGCUAUGUUCUUAGGCUUGAUGAAUACAAUGGCAGUGCCUAUGGGAUUUGUACACAUUCCCGAACAGGAAAAAUUUUGCCAGUGUCACUUGAACAACAGACCUUCAAUCUACGAACCUGACACAAUGGAAUCUAACAACACGCAAGGUGCAUCAUAUUCAGCUCUUCCCGACCUGGUCGUGAGUCAGAGCCUGGCCACGUCACCGCCCGUCCAACAGACGCGCACCUUCGUCUUCCCGUCCGAGUGGACUGACACGUGGACGACAACUUCCACGUCCACACAAACAACUCCGUCCUUAACGAGAACGCCUUCACACGUCCUCCAGUCCACCACCAGUUUAGAGUCACCUGCUACACGGUUUACGUCAUCUACCAUAUUUAUUCUACCUUCAACUCCUGCGUCUACCAGUCCAUCAACUUCUAGAACCGAGAGUGUUUCUAGACUAACCGAGUCUACUCAAGACAUUGAUCGGGUUGGGCCUUUGGAUUCCAGUGGCAGUGCCCUCAAGCAGCGCAGGUCAAAAUCUUUCGGCUAUACUCCUGCAUUUGAAUCGAACAUUUACUCCGAUCCUGGGGACACGGAAUCCCCUAAAGCAGACACACUUGCAACGGAAACUCAAUCAUCAGAAACAUCGAACAUUGGACCUUCAGCGCUGAUAAUUGCCAAUCUUGUGCUUCCACGAGAUUCAGAUUUGUUUGAAGAUACUGAAUCAACCAACGGAUCUUCUCGGCACGAACAAGGAGACGUUGAAGCUCAAAACUCUUUGCCUCGGUCACGAAAUCGAUCCUCUAGUAACUCCAGCAAUGAUUUUCUUGCAAAUCAUUGCGCCAUAGCAUACAUUCCGCCUGCCAGUCUCGACGAAAGCUAUGAUGCGUCAAAAAUUUCUCUAAAUCUGAGUCACGUCAUUGCGAUCCAAGACAGACUCAAAUCGGACCCAUAUUACGACUUGCCCAACCCCAACGCCACGAUGGAAAAUAAACAAAGCUCAACCCAGAAUCAGCUGUUUGAAACACUAUCUCCUUUAGAAUUAAAUCGGCGGCUUUUUGAUCGCUUCGAAUCGGAAAACCAACUUGACUCGGCCGUGACAUAUCGACAUGGAGCUCCUUCCAGACGAUUAUUGAAUGAUCGCAAUCAGUUGCGAUUGUCAUGGGAACUACCGCCCUCACCUCCGCCUGCCGUACCACUGCCCCACAAGUCACCUCAGCCCUUGAAAAUUCCCCUCGAGUUUUGCUGUGAAAGAAGUACAUGCGAGGACCCAACACGCGAGUCGAUCAUGCGGUCUUGUGGCGAAGAUCUGAGGGGCAUCGCCGACCAGUUCGAGGAAUCACGACGAGAGAACUCUGGCAGGACUGACGUCGCUAGUGUUCUCUCGGAGGCGCUACUGAACAACCGCGAAGUCGGUAAAUGUGUGGCCAUAUCAAUCCUUGCUGUCGUCUGCGUGACACUGGGCUCGAAAUUCAUGGCAAGCCACUUUCGGUGAUCGAUAAUUUACAGUCCAAGCAUUCGAAAGCGACGCUCACGGAAAUUUAUACCGAAAUUGUUCUGAUUAUUAAUUAAGGAAAAACAAUGAUUAUAAGAAAACUCAGUUUAUCGACUUAGCUUUGGAAAGCGGUGAACCAAUUGUUGGUUUUCUCGUUUAUGACCUGUAAUGAUGGAGAAAUAUAGUGAGGUCGAAUUAAUGAUAACCCAUGCAUGGUUUCGCUUCCACUUCGGUGGCUUCAACCGAUUCUUCAAUGAGCCAUCAACGAGAGACCGAUUCUUAUCAAAAUACUAAUAACCAAUCUCAAUCGAGUCCGAAAAUGAAAAUCCUAGAGCGCGAUUAUCGUUUUCAAAUGUUUGAUUUGUUCUAGGAAGUUACGGUGGCAUUGAAUUGAAGCGAAGCAAAAGACAACAUUAGAGUGAAAGUUAGUUUGGGAAUUAUGUUUUAAUUUUAGUUCUUUCUAUGUUGGGGGUAUAAACCUAAAUCUAAGUCUCAUUAAGGCAUUAAAAAUUUAGUUUAUUUGUUUUUCGCUUCAACUUAGUCGUUGGCAUUGUUUUUUCUUUAAGUUAUCUGUCGUGAGUUACUGUUAAAAAUUUGUAUUUUGUUGCUUAGCAAUGACCAGUUCACUCGGUCUGCUCAUACAGUUUGCUUCUCUGUGAACGUUUGCUCAUCUUUAUAGUUCGUUUACUAUUGAUCUCAAAGUCUCGUCACUGACUAGGUUCAUAAGUUACAGACGAAAUAGUUUCAAGUUGGUACAGAAAUAUACGAUGUGUUAAUCAUAUGUACAUCAUUGUCUUUAAAUUAUCUCAAAAUUAUAAGUAAUUUUGCUUCACUGUAUUUAAUUUCGAUCAAAUUUUCAUUAAGGUGAUGGACCAAAUAGACCGGGCAUUAUUUUUGCCCUCUAGUAUAUUUUCACUGAACUAACUUAAAAAUCGUAUAGCAAGUACCAACUGUGAACAAAUUUCUUCCCCUCACCAAAUGAUAGCAAUUGCACAAACCAAUAAUAUUUCAAAGAUUGUAUCUUUAUUGAACAGUUUGUAAAUAAUGCUUCUACUUAUUUUAUUGUGAUACUUUUAAACGUUUUGUAUUUAUGUUGAUAAAGUCGGUCUUGCUUCAUUUCUGUUCGUGUCUAGAGUUAUUAUUGAUGUGGAAUGGGUUUCCAUUAAUCAAUUUUGACUUGUGCUUGGCCAUUUUUGAAGUUGAGAUCUCGCUCGUAAUUAAAAGAUUAUUUUUAAAGAGCCCACAGACUUCCACUCCUUCCCUUUAUUGCUCGGGUUUAGUAAUGUAUAAACCUGUACAAGUGUAACUGCCAUAUCACCAAUGCAGGCUGGUUAAGAGCAACGAAGAAAGGAAGGUUGUGCGAGGUGUGGCUCGAGGUGUGCUUUCCCUUGAUCUCUUCAGGAUAGAAAAUUAGCUCGUCUUUACCACGAAGAACGAACGCUUAGCAUUAGCAUCAUUCUGCCAACUACUUCUUUCAUUUUCAAAAUGUAAACACGAUUUUUUUCUUCUCGCAAGCAUAAUUUCUGUAAAGCAUCAUGGGAGGUCAGUAAAUAGUAGAUGACCCGCGCAUAUCAAUUGUUGAGUAUUUUUCUGUUGAACAUAUCGCGCUCUAGUUCCUUUUCGUGCAGUAUUGAUCGUCAAGAUAGUUGUGAUUUUCGUCGAGAAAGACGCUGAUGCUCAAUUUAGUUUACUUUCCGUAAUAAAUGGAUUUCAUUUAAGAGGCCAUUAUUCAUCAUCUAUACAUUGGUUUCUGAAUCAUCAGGAACAACACCAAUGUAUGGAAUUCAACAUUUUUCCGUUUAUUUAAUUGUAAAAAUUAAUCCGGUACUAAAAUAUCUUUAGCACAUCAUUAUCAACUGUAUCUAAACAUGUAUCUAAAUUUCCAUUGAUUUCUGAAAAACCACAAUUGGCUAUUGUGCUGCAAAAUCUCGAUCUAAAUUACCAAUAUUUUUUUAAAACCGUAUUAAACAGGAAGCGAUAGGCAAUUUAUCGAUUAUACUUAAAAUGCUUGGUAUUACCGGCUUGUUACCCUGUAAAAAAUAAUUGGAGAAACCGCCGUACAUUUCAAGUGUUGUCACUACCUGAAAUGUCUUUCAUGCUAGCUUACUAUGAAAUACGUAAGUUGAUAUUUGUCAUUAGAUUCAUGAAGUAAGUUUGAAUUAGUAAUUUUUAGUCUCCUUUGUAAGACUUAAGUAAGGUUCAGUAAGCGUCGUAAAGACAUGAAGAAAUCAAGUUAUUUGGCCCAACUUCCCAACGAAUCUAGGCGUUCAAGUUUAAUGCUGAAGCUUUUGCAGUCCGAUCUGUUAUCAAUUUUGAUUGAUUAUUCGUCUUUAUUUUAAAUGAAAUCUCAAUGUAAACUGUAUAAUCUCACUCAAAAAAUGUGGUCGUGUUUAUGAAUAAUCUAUAUGCCGAUAAAACUUUACAGCACAUUAUGAAAAAUGAGAUUAUAUAGUGAGAUUAGGAUUCACGGGAAAUAUCCAGGUCUAAUUUAUAUAAUUUGUUUGGUCCUAGUUAUUUCACUAAGAUUUUUGAAAUGGUCACUAAGAGUAGAUUUAAUCGAUUUCAUUCUUUAAUAUUGCGUACCUCAGCCACUGCUAGCUCGGCCUUAUUCUGUACAGUAAACCUGGAUUGUGCUUUGUUGAAUCCAUAUAGUUUCUUAAUAGGAAAUAAUUAAGUAAUUUUAUUUAUUUUCAAAUUGAUCUCUUAAUAUUAAGCCCAUUUAAAUCUUUUCCAUGUGGACGAGAUAUUCGAAAUUAAAACGACUCUUCUAAAUUACUGUAUUUUAAUCGAUUUACAAUGUUAGCUCUCGUGCAGCUGCCAUCUUAAUUAACAACGUUCAUCUGGAUUUGUUCCCGAAUAUCCAUGAUAUUUCGUCAUUAAAAAGCAACAUGAACCAUAUUAUAAGAGCACUGUAAUCAAAACAAUUUAAAGAUCGGCUAUGUUCUUGCAAAGAGUCUCGAGUUCAGGGUCUCAAAUUUCGUAUGAAUGGUGUACUGUAUAGUAGUUCUUGUUGUACAGCGAUUUUGUUUGCAUUUUUUGUGUACAGUGUCGACAGCCAAUUAUCUAAGUCAAUAUGAGUGUUAGUUUUAUAAGUCAAGAUUUUUAUACUCGUAUAUUCACUAACGAGCUGAUGACUGCCGAGCGACUGUUUGCACUGCAUGGGUAUUGGCUUCCUGUUGAUAUUUGUAUUGAAAUGAUAUUUGGAAUACUCAAAAUUUUGAAAACGUAUUUUCUUCAAUGCAGCUGCGGGUUUUUGGUAUCUUUAAUUUGCCUCUGUUAACACUUAGCUUUAUAAGUAUUUCUUUCAUAGUCAAUACUUUCAUGAAGGACGAUAUGUGUCGAGCCUUUUUUUUCCAAAUAGCACAAAAAUUUACUAAAAUUAUUUUCAGAGAUGUCACUGGAAUUUUACUCACUCAAGUCAGGAUCCAUUUUGUGUGUCCAAAUUUUCUUGUGGCAAAAUAAUUUCUUCGAGGCAUCUAAUUUUUUUCUAGGCAAAUUAAUUUGUUCUAGGUAAACUAAUUUCUUCGAGGCAACUUUUUGGCGAUUUCGAGUUGUUUAGUUUGGUAUCCCCUAAAUUGUGCGUGCUCAGCUACUGGUCAGUCGAUCAGCUCGUCCUCAUCGAAGCGAUGGUCGUGAUAUGCUUCAUGUAACUCUGUAAUUUGGUUUGCUGAUUAUUCUUCCUACCUAUACUGCAUUUAUUUCUCUGAAUACCUUCGCUCAACUAUCACAUUCUCCGUAUAAAGAAUUGAAUUGUUUAGAUUUCGUGACGCUAUCGAAAAUUAACGCAUAUAUUUUUCACAACUAGCACCUCUAUCUUUUCACUGUCGUAUUUAUACGUCCGUCAGCCAGCAACAACGAAGACGCCGAAUUUUUUGUGGAUUCCGUCAUCGUCAUAUUUAUUGCUUCCAGAGUCGUGUCAAUGUUACCUUCCAUUCAAGGGGCCAAUGAUAUUAUUCCUAAUUUCAGUACAAUCAUACUCUCCAUUUUACAAACAACUGAAGCUCUCUCGGUAACUCAGAAAACUGUAUGGGUAUUAUUGUCCAAAUAGUCUAGCACUUUCUGUACGUACCGUCGAUAAUCUCUUCUUUUUUUUCGUCGGACUGGGUCAGGUUGAUCCUCAGAAAGGGAAAAAUGCGUCGCUAUUUUGUCAUGUCCCACUCAUGUCUCUGUGGGUUGUUACAGCUACAUGUGCCAUUACCUUGCAGCUUGGCUUUAUUUUCACUCCUGUCAAGUAUUUGAAGGCAUCUUGUUCGCACUGCACAUUAUUCUUUAGGUUCCAGAACUGGAGUUGCCAAACCAAGAACUUGUUGAGGAUUUUACCAGAUACUUUCCUCGCCCACGCAAUGCAACGAGAGCCGACGCUGAUGAGUUCUAAAUCAGUCAAUGAUCUAUUUGCAAUGUUCUAUUCAAACAUUCCGCUCAUUAUAUAUUUAUUUAUCGACGACGAUUUGGUUGCUUUAUUUAUCCAAGGGUUGCUAGAAGUUCCUAUUUUAUAAUGGAAAUAUAUGUUUUUAAGCGAAAAAUAAAUUCUGUUCAGUUGCUGUUCAAAUAUUUUAGUAAUCAAUAUUGCAACAGGCAUUGCUCGUAAGGAUUGUCGAAGCCACGAUGUGUCUUUGUGCAUUUUGUGUCGGUUUCCAUACAUCGUGUCUUGCGUCUUGUGUUUGUGCCUUUAUUUUGAAUGGUUUAGUGGUUUAUGUGUAUAAAAUCGAACACGUGCCUUGGAAGGUCUUUCAUAAAAUGACUCAUUGCGACUUGUGAAUGACAUUCAGAUGACUUGACAAACUAGAACGUUUUCUUCUUGAUUCUUUUUAUUGACUUUUCCUGUGCAUAAGAUUUUCCUCCAUAUAUUAGAUUAUUUCUUGAAUUGUAUUCUAUAUUUUCCCCCUUUGUUUCAAGCAAACCAAAGCGAGGUUGCUCUUCCGGAGCUGGAUUAACUUAUAAGGUUGUUUAGUUAAAUAUUGAUAGGAAUUUCCAGAUCUUUUGGGACCAUUGACGCGUAGCUUUUACUCACCAAGUUAUUCACAUGGUAAUCUUAAAAAAUCUGACUCGCACUCUUUGCAAAAUUAUAAAUCAGAAAUAUUUCAAACUUCUAAUUGCACUUUUCGGCGAGGGUAGAGGUUGAAAUUUUAUUAAUCCGUAAGUCCGAAUUACAAUAUGUGUAAUGUUUUUUAGCGAGGUUAAUUUAAUGUGAAUGCUUGAUGCUUCCGCGUUGGAAAUUUAAGGGAUGUUAUUUGUUGUUGAUACCGUGACUGGUGUUUAGCAACCAUAGAUUUCUUUUUAGAUUUCCAACGUGAGAACGUGACAAAUUGCUCGCUAAUAAUCCUCAUCAGGUCUGACUUUCUUUAUGUAGAUAUGUUAUCCGUAUGCUUGAUUAAUUUAAAGACGCACCGAAUGGAAAUAUCUUCAGUUCGAUCGCUCUCACUACCCAUGUUCUUUCAAUAUUUUGUACAUAGCCGAUAAAGAAAUUUAUUAUUGUAGUUAUUGUACACAGAAAGAAUAUUUCAUCAAUAAACUUAAUUGACUGUUUACCGAAUGUUUUUAAGUGACCGCUUCAAUUCUGAUCGCAUGAAAUGCAGUGGCCGCUCUAACGAUAGCAGUUUACAGUGAAAGAAGCUCCACGGAAAAUGGCUGUUUAGGUUAAUGGAAUUGAAGUUUUCGAUUUCUUAGUGAGAGCAUAGAAAUUAAUGAAUAAUAAAUAUAUUUUCUCUACAUUAAGGUUUGAAAUU